AUGCUUCCUGAAGUCUUUGCGGCGGUUCGCGGACCGUAUCUGGUCCCCGCGCUCGCCCUCGCGGUCCUAGCCUGCCUCGUAUCAACCUAUGUAGCUGCUUGGUACCGCCUCCGACACUUCUCAGGCCCGCGUCUCGCGUCGUUCUCCUAUCUCUGGAUGCUGCGCAUCUGCCUCUCCGGCAAGCAAGCCGCCAGGUACGAGCACAUCAACGACAAGUACGGCCAUGUGGCGCGCAUCGGCCCCAACGACCUCAUCACCGACGACCCGGAGCUCGUGCGGCGCAUGAACGGCGCUCGCAGCGCCUACGGCCGCAGCUCGUGGUACUACGCGCUCCGCAUGGAUCCGUACGGCGAGGGCCUCUUCUCCAUGAUCGACACGGCGGCGCACGACCGGCUCAAGGGGAAGCUGGCGUUCGGCUACGGCGGCAAGGAGAACCCAGCCCUGGAGCGCGACGUGGACGAGCAGCUCGCCCGACUUGUGGGCCUCAUCCGUCGCAAGUACAUCUCCGACAACGAGCACACCAGGCCGCUCGAUCUCGCCAAGGCCGCGCAGUACUUCACCAUGGACUCCAUCACCAAGAUCGCCUACGGCCGCGAGUUUGGCUUUCUCGACGCCGACGGUGAUGUGUUUCGGGCCAUCCAGAGCGCUGAGGAGGGCAUUCCUUUCCUCGUGAUUCUGGCCGAGAUGCCCUUGCUCGGCCGCAUAUUCACGAAUCCGUGGGUGCUGAAACUGGUCGGGCCCAAGAAGACUGACACAGGGGGGCUCGGAAGAAUGCUAGCAAUCGCCGAGCAAGUCGUCGCCGAGCGGUUCGGACCCGACGCCCAAGACCACCGCGACAUGCUCGGCGCGUUCAUCCGCCACGGCGUCUCGCAGCGCCAGUGCGAGAUCGAGGUGCCCUUCCAGAUCGUCGCCGGCUCCGACACCACCGCCACCGCCAUCCGCAGCACCAUGCUGCACCUGGCCUCGACCCGGCACGCCUAUACCAAGCUGCAGCAGGAGAUCGACACGGCCGCCGCCGAAGGCCGCAUCUCCAGCCCGGUCACGGCUGAGGAGGCUAAGAACCUUGAAUAUCUACAGGCGGUGAUCUACGAAGGCCUGCGCAUCCACCCGCCCUUCUCGGGGCUGGUGAUGAAGCAAGCGCCCCCGCACGGCGACACGCUGCCGGACGGCCGGUUCGUGCCGCCGGGCACGCGGGUCGCGCACAACACGCUCGCGCUGCAGCGCCGGCGCGACGUCUUCGGCGCCGACGCGGACGUGUUCCGCCCCGAGCGUUGGCUGGGGCUCGGCCCCGGCGCCGACGGCGACGGUGGUGAUGAUGAUGAGGAGGAUGAUGAUGCGAAGGCGGCGAGGAAGACGCGCAUGCUGCAGACUACAGAGAUGGUGUUUGGCUGGGGCCGGUGGGGGUGUGCGGGCAAGGCGGUGGCGUUUUUGGAGAUGGGUAAGGCGUUGGUUGAGUUACUGCGCCGGUUCGACUUUGAGGUGCUGCACCCGGAGCGGCCGUGGCGUGAGGAGAACUUCAAUAUGUUCUUCCAGUCGGAGCUGUGGAUGCGCGUGACGGAGCGGUUCCCGGAGGCGGCGAGGGGCUGA